AUGUUGCCUGCUACAGUACGGGGCUCAAGAAGUGCCUUGCGCACUUGUUCGCCAUGCUACGCCCGCCAAUGGCCUGGCAGCACCCAAAUUCGGCCAUUCGCAUCAGAGGCAGCAAGUGGAGAUGCAUCCAACCUGCCGCUGGACGGCAUAAAGGUGCUGGAUAUGACGAGAGUGCUAGCUGGCCCCUAUUGUACACAAAUCUUGGGCGAUCUUGGUGCAGAUGUCAUUAAAGUCGAGCACCCCGUCAGAGGAGACGACACUCGAGCAUGGGGCCCACCCUAUGCCAAGUACACCAACAGACAACAAGGUCCAGGUGAAAGCGCAUACUACCUAGGGGUUAACCGCAACAAGAGAUCAUUAGGCCUGUCUUUCCAGCAUCCGGCCGGCGUUGAUAUACUGCAUCGCCUGGUAAAAGAAUGCGAUGUCCUCGUGGAAAACUACCUUCCCGGGUCACUUGGCAAGUAUGCCAUGGACUACGCUACCGUUUCCAAGAUCAACCCUAGCAUCGUAUAUGCCAGCAUUACCGGCUACGGCCAAACUGGGCCGUACCGGAACAGGGCUGGCUACGAUGUCAUGGUAGAAGCUGAAAUGGGCCUCAUGCACAUCACUGGCACAAGAGAUGGUCCGCCAGUGAAAGUGGGUGUAGCAGUCACUGAUCUGACAACGGGGUUGUACACCUCGAACUCUGUCAUAGCUGCUCUCUUCCGCCGGAUGAGGACUGGCAGAGGUCAACACAUUGACGUUGCGCUUAGCGACUGUCAGGUGGCCACCCUAGCUAAUAUUGCCAGUUCCUGUCUCAUCAGUGGACAAAGAGACUCGGGAAGAUGGGGAACCUCCCAUCCAUCCAUCGUUCCUUACAAAGCCUUCAAGACGUCUGACGGCGAUAUUCUCCUUGGGGGUGGCAAUGACCGCCUCUUUGGCAUCAUCUGUAGUAAACUAGGCAAGCCAGAAUGGGCCACUGACGAGAGAUUCAAGACGAAUGCCUUGAGGGUGCAAAACAGGGAUACAUUGGAAGAGCUGAUUGAGAAUGAGACGCGACAGAAAACCACACAAGAACUGCUCGGGAUACUAGAAGGAAGUGGCAUGCCUUACGCUGCCAUCAAUGAUGUUCAGGAUACUCUGAAUCAUGAGCAUGUGCUUGCCCGAGACAUGGUCAAAGAGAUUGAUCACCCAGCGUGCGGACCUAUCAAGCUGGUCAACACGCCUGUGAAAUGGUCUGAGUCGACGCCGGGUAUUCGAUCGGCACCACCAACGCUUGGUCAGCAUACAGACGAAGUCCUAGAGGGCAUGCUCAAAAUGAGCAAAGCAGAGGUAGACGAGUUGCGGGGUGAGGGAGUGGUAGCGUGA